AUGGUAUUCUACAAUACAGUGCGAACUGUACAAUCAUUUCUCUACGCAGGAGGGCAUCCUGUAGAAACAAGAAGUUUGGCACUAAUGGGUUCCGAUAAAAAAGUGCAGGAUCAUUCAAGCCAAAUACUACAAAUACAAACUCUUACUCCCGUCCAAAUGCUAGUUAGGUUCCAACUACCUGGUCCCCCCUGUAUGGUUGCUAUAACCGCUAUCAGACCCUAUUGCAGAGUCAUGCGAGUAUGGCUUAUGGUUGUGAUUGCUGAGUGGCCUAAAUGUGGCCAAGUGGUGGCCAAUGACGGGUACAUCCCUCCUGAUCACCCCACCGGCAUCCAUAACCAACUCAUCCUCUUCUCUGUACGGCGGAGGGGGCGGUCCGUCCAGUCUCCUCCCAUCUGCUUCGCCGGCCAAACUCAGCUCAUCCUCAGCGAAGUCAUCCUCCGACAGAGGCGGAUCACUCAUAUCGUCAUCCGCCGGCUCCGACAGCUCUUCGUAGAGGUGAUGGGAGGCUCCGCCCAAUCGAUGCGUCGUUCCGCCCAUUCGGUGGUGGUGGGAGGCGUGGUUUUGGUGUGGGCGACACACCAAGUCGCAAGGGAGACGAAGGACAUAAAAACAGCCAUUUCAAACAUUCCUGGAGCAAACUGGAAGUUUAAUUAUUAUUCAAAGGGUCCAAGUGAUCUGAGAAAUCGCUAUCAUUUGCUGGAUACAUCUAACGUGAACCCUCUAGUGCCUUCAGAAAAUUUCACAGCUUCAUGCAAAAUGUAUGGAAAACUUAUUAUAAGUAGUGGUCCUCAACGUAAAAAGGAUUCAAAUCUUAGAGAUAUACAGGAUUGGAUGAUGAUUGAUGAUGAAGAUUGGUAUUACUAUCGUCAUCCGGAGAUUGGUGAUUAUCGAAAGUCUCUAAAAUGUCUCCAAAGUCAUUUGAAUAUAAUUCUUGAUUAUUGUAAGGUUCAUCUUGGUCAUCUUGGUCAUACUGAGGAAAAUUUUGGGAAGGAUAUUGAGAAGGAUAUUGAUAAGUAUGUUGCGAAGAAUGAGAGUGUACUUCAGGCUCUUCAGCAUGAUAUACUUCUUCGAUCGUAUGAAGAAGUGAAAAGAGAGUUUAGUGAUAAGGAUGAUGAUAUACAAGAUCCCGAUUAUUACAAUGACCAUGAUUCAACUUCAGAAAUAGAAAAUAAUUAA